UCUAUUAACAUCAUCACUUGUUCAAUGUGGAAUUGAUAAUUUUGGAAUUAUUUUAUUUGAUCAUCGUGUAAGAAUAUUAAAGAAAUUUGAUCAACCAUGGAAUGAAUUUACUAUUUAUAUGUUACUUCAAAAUUUCAUUAUAUCUUCAAUAGUUGGUACAAAUGAUGCUGUUGCAAUUGAAUAUGCACUUGAUAUACUAGUGCAAGAACCUGUUACAAAUAAUAAAAAAUUUUUUGUUUUAACAGAUGGUUAUACAACAUGUGGUUUAAAAUUAACUGAAGCUUUAGUUCGUGCUGACUCAGAAAAUGUUGAAGUUAUUGGAAUUCAAAUUGGAUUUGAAAGACCAUGUGUUCAUCGUUUUUAUCGUGAUUGGAUUAUUGCUGCUAUACCAGCUGCACUUUGUGAUGGAUUUAGAUAUAAAUAUAGAAAAGAUAUAAAUGGUACUUUUCCAAUUUUACAAGAUGAUAAUCAAUUGCUUAAAAAACGAAUUAUAAAAGGUACAAAUGAUGAUCCACAAAAAUUACUUAAUGAUUUUAAACGUGAAUUUACUUCAAUAGAAACUAUUCUUCGUACUGAAAGAGAUGCACAUUUAUCAAGUGGUUCAGGAGGUGGAAGUAUGAGUUUAGAUGUUUGCUUUGUUAUUGAUGUUACAGGAAGUAUGACACCUUGGUUAAGUGGCGUCAAACAACAAAUUAAUGCAAUAACAUCUGGUAUUAUUACAAAAAUAGAAGAACAGUUUCCAGAUAUGAAUUUUAUUUUAAGAUAUGCUGUAGUUGCAUAUCGAGAUGAGGGUGAUAAUCCUAAAAUUGAAAUGCUUGAAUUUGAGAAAGGAAAUAUACUGAAUAGUAAAUUAACACAUAAGCAACGAAAAGAUCAACGGAAAAAAUAUCAUAAUGAACAAACUAGAAGAGUGUCAGAUUUUCUAUCAGCAUUAAAACCAUAUGGAGGUAACGAUGAACCAGAAGAUGUUUUAGGAGCAUUAGAUCAUGCUUCAAAAUUAAAUUGGGAUGCUCGAGCAAAAUUUAUUGUCUUAGUUUGCGAUGCACCAGCUCAUGGUCACGAUUGUAAUGAUGUUAAUACUGAUCGAUUUCCAAAUGGAUUCAAUAAUUUAAAAGUUGAAGAUGUUAUGAAAAAAUUAACAGAAAACAAUAUUGAUCUUAUACUUUGUCAUUUAAAAGCAACAGCUACGAAAAAAAUGGCUAACACAUUCUUAACACAUUUGCACAGUUUUCAACCAAAUCGUAGAAGUGAUGAAUUACUUCGAGAAAUUCAAUUGUACGAUAAUUCAGUUCAAGAACAGAACAAACCGUAUCAUUUUGUAUUUGUAUUAGAUGAAAGUGGAAGCAUGAGCGGUCAAAAGUGGACUGAUUUAACUGAUGCAUACAAUAUGUGUUUAGAAAAACGACUUGAAAUUGCUCAACAAUUAUCAAAGGAUUUUAUUAGUAUAGUACAGUUUGAUGAUGAUGCCCGCGUCAUUUGUUCAGCAUCUCCAUUAUCAAAUGGCAUUCCUCGAUUAGCUCAUAUGACGGAAGGAGAAACAUCAUUUUCGCCUGCUUUACAAAAAGCUAUGGAAGUAUUGAAUAAAGUGACAGACGGAUACAUUCCGGUGUUGUUGUUCAUGUCGGACGGACAGGGAGAAGGAGGACCAAGUGAAAUGGCUGGUAUCUAUACAAACUAUAAAAGUCGAGGUCUUCAAGUUCAUACUAUAGCAUUCGGUAAGGAUGCUGAUACAGCAACUCUAGAACAGCUUGCAGACGCUGCUCAUGGAAAAUUUCAUAAGUGUAUCACUGGUGCAGAAUUAGCAAAAACAUUUGUUCAAAUUAGUACUGCAUUGACAUCUGUCGAUGGACUUAUUCAAGAAUUUGCUAAAAAAGUCAGUGAUGCGGCAACAAAUAAAUUAAUGUUGGAAUUUUUAUAA